UAGUUGGGCUCCUUUCCCUUCAACAUUCUUUCCUUGUCCUAAUCUUUCCCUUUCCAUUGUAUUUUUACGACAUUGCCCGCGUCUUGAGUCUCUUGACCUGCUCGACAACUCCGCCAAGUACCGUCAACGUCUCCACCCCAAAGGCAAUGUCAAGCACCUUUUAAGAGUUCAUAUACUUUGUCCUCGAGCGGGAAUCGAGGUCCCUAACCCUGCUGCGAUGUGCAGGUAUGGUACCAGCUGUUCCACGAGAGACGCAACGAGCUGGUUGGAAGAGGGCGGCGCCCCCAGCUAGCAUAGACUCUUCCUUGGGAUGGCCGCGGGUACGAAAGGAUAUAUCAGAUCCUACCUCCGACCCCGACUUUGACGCCCCAAUCCGCCCUUCUUUUCCGUCUUCGAGGAAACCAAGAAUCGUAGUAUUACGUGCGGAGAUUGGUGGUGCAAGGGCCCGCAAGACAGCGAGGCAGGUGUUCCGCGGCGAUAGUAGCGACGACGAGAAUAGCGACGACGACGAUAGCGACGACGACGAUAGCGACGACGAUAGAGGCGAGAAUAAUAGGGACGACAACGACGACCGGAGAAGACCCGGCCGUCCCGGCCGUCCCGUAUUUCCUGGACUUCCCUCACGUCCCUCACCUCCACCUCCUGCAUCGCCAUUAUCAAGACCGUCGUUACUGCCGCCCCCCUUCCAACCGCCCCCACCUUCCCCUGGCCUACCCUCACUCAGCCUUGCACCGACGGGCUCGACUCUCAUCCAGACGAUCCCAUCAGACACAGGUGGCAUAACUGUUUCGAUAGAAACCCCCGCCCCCCCUGCGGUUGAGCCAUCGUCAUCCGCGAUUGAACCAUCGUUACCCGUGGCCGAGUCAUCCUCAUCGGUGGCCGAUUCAUUGUCAUCUGUCACAGAGCCAUCGUCAUCUGUGACAGCGUCCAGUUCGCCUGUUUUCUUCUCGGCACUCCCAUCUAAUACCAACGUACCGUUCUCAUCACCUGCGACAGCGCCCACUUCGCCCGUUCUCUUCUCAACACUCUCACCUGAUACCAACAUACCCUCCCCGUCAGAUUCAACAGCGUCCAGAUCAGCCGUAUCCUUCUCGUCCGUUACACCGGGAACGAACGAACCUUCCUCGUCCCCUGCUAGCUCUAGCGGCCUGUGGUCCACGGCAAUCCCCGCGGAGCAAAGUAGGCAAGGGGCCAUGGAUGUCCCCACCCAGCACGCUCUCAUUGCCAUUGCGUCCAUCGGCACCUUCAUAUCGAUGGGAUUUAUAGUGUGGCUGCUCUGGAGAACCGUCCGGAAAGUCCAUAAAAAGAGACGGCAGGACCUGGAACCAGAAAUGCAUGAACGACGUCCCUCUGGGGACGUUGGGAAAGGGCCUCAAGCGGCAUCUGCGGAAAAGAAAUCGUGGGGCCAAACAUGGCUUCAUCUCGAAGACAGCGAGGCAGGCGAGGCAGGCCAGAUACUGCCGGUGCACCAGAAGCCCGGCCGAGGGGCACUUCGGGUUCAAACGAAGUUCUCCGGACAAGGCGCCAAUACCAAACCACCGCAGCCGAGCACGACUUUUGCGUACAGAUCGCCCCAGGCCCCCGUCGGGACCAGCCCGUCUACGACUGGCACGACCGAGCCCCGGAGCGCCGUGGCCAAUGCGUCCGACGUCGACGUCAAUUGGACGUUCCGAUCGUUCGCCACCGGGCCGUUGUACAAUCAUUCCGAGACGUCACGCCAAGCCCCGGACGCACGCGCACUACUGGAUCCUGCGAGCGGCCAAGUCAACCGAGUCAGUGAGCUCUCGUCGUUGUCGUCGGGAUUCGGCGACGUGGACAUCAUCGUCCCGGGGAUGAGUGGACUACGGCCACCGCCGGUGGUGUGGCAGUCCAGGCAGCAGCAGUCUCAAAAGGGCGGUCGGCUCUCGUGGGCAAGUCGGAGAAGUAGCCAGAGGACCAGCCAGAGGAAUAGUCAGAGGGAGACGAUGUACACGGAAGCGAGCGAGGACUCGCCGCCGAGAUAUCGGACGGUCAACAGCUGGGUAAAGCAGCAGACGAGCCGGGUCAAGAGAGCGCAGGCCCGUCCGGUCCCGGGCGUGUCAGCCGAGGCGGGAAACAACGGGCUACCCCCCGAGCCACGUUUCAGCUUGAUGAUGCCGGAUGGCGAGGUGCCGAGACGGCCCAUCUCUCAUCUGACAAAACCAUAACAGCAAAACUGAAGGAGGAGAUAACG